AUGUUAUUUCGGAUAGCACGAUUUGAGCAACUCCGACGGUUUCAUGUCUCGCGACGACACUCAAAGAUUUUGGAGUGGAUCAAAAGCGCGGCCGCUAUUGAAACCGAGAACUCGUUUGCGCCCGAGUUAAUCGAGAAGAUGCACAAAAUCGACAAGAUGAGCCCCGCGCGAUAUUUUCUCAUCUAUCGGGAUCCUGGUGCGGCUCACUCACACGGCAUCAUGGCCAUCGCGGCUCCAUUGGCGAUAUUUGGUUUUUCAUUGCUCGUCUUCGACUUAGCGCUAAGUGAGGAGGCCGAAUGGAUGGCGUCGACGAAAAAACUGACUAAAGACAUUCGAGAGAUCGGCUACUUCUCUAUCGUGCCUGGGAUCACAUUUCUCUUAGUUGUGGCUACGUUGAUUCGCUUUCAGCAAUUGCGAGUGAUGCGGAUAUAUCAGGACAAAAAAUCACCGCAGAAUUUCCACGCCAUCGUCACUAAAUCGUUCUGCUUUAAAGCGAAGUACAAUUUCACGCGAGGCGAGUGCAUUCCGCUGAUACCAUACGAAGGACCGAACGCUUGGCGUCAACUCAUCACCACCACCUACAUGGGAACGACGAGGUUUAAGGAUAGAAAUUUUCUACUCAACGACGACAAAUUUCGCACGAACAGCCACCGCUCCUACAUGUUGAACGAGACGAGCGGUGUGCCGCGCUUUAAA